AUGAGAUUCGUUUACCCAAGACGAGCAUUGCUGAUAUUUCUCGCCCUCUUGGGAUCAGUUUUGUCGCUUCCACAACCCAUUAAACUCCGGGACAACUCAAAAAACAAAGCCCACUCGGGGGGUGUAUCUUUGGAAUGGGCUGUUAUUGGAGAUUCUUGGGCAUCUGGCGUGGCCUACAACUCAAGCAACGUCUAUCAACCUACCGAUGCAGAGAACUGUUUCCGCACCACUGAAUCCUGGGGGGCGCAGAUGGCGCAGGAUAGCUCAUGGUCUCGUGAUCCUCAAGUGCUGAACUUCGCAGCCUGUGGCGGCACAUUAAUGGAUGAUCUUAAGCGUCAAAUGGAAGAAAAGGCCGGAAACCCGCAGCUUGUCUGGGGAAUGUUUGGAGGCAACAACGCGUACUUCGGCGCAAUUGCAAGAGCUUGUAUCUACCAGCCUCUUGAUCCCGGUCAUCCAUUUGGCUGGGGCAAAGCCUGGGAUGAGGAUGAGGAUGGAACGGGUGUGUGUAAGCAAAAUCUCCAGAUGGCCAAAGAGUAUCUAGACAAACCCAGUUCUAUGCGCAAAGCUUUUACAAAUGCGUUGGAUGAUAUUCUCAAUGUUGCUCAAGGCAACAGGGCAUUGGAUUAUUCCUUCGACCUUUACGUUAGCUCCUAUGUACGUUUCUUCGAUGACACCACAGAUGAUUGUGAUGAGUGGACCUUUGCUCACAACAGGCUGAGUGUCGGUCGGCCAAAGCUUGUCAAGGGCCUCAGGAAGACUAUCAAUGAGAAAAUCCUGCAACUAAAUAACAUCCAGGCCGAUGUUAUACAGAACUAUAAGCCACCUGCUACUGAUCCAAAGCUCGUUAAUGUCAACAUAAAGAAUUUCCAGCCUGACUAUCUUUUUGAUGGACACCGCUUUUGCGAGAAGGGUCGUUCGUUGGAGGAUCAGUAUUACCAUAAGGACCUGUGGCUCUGGAACCUACAGUACAACGACGACAAGACCGGGGAGGAAGGUGGCGCCGUGACUGGGAAUGACGGCGUCAAGCAAAUGGCCUCCACUUCCUCAGCUGGUGUUAACGUGACUGAAGGUUUCCAAACGGUUCUGGGCGCGGACACGAAUCCGGAUGCUAUCAUUCCACCAGAUCAGGAUGCACAUACACAGCAAUAUGGAUUUGGCUGGACUGCUCGGCCGUUCCAUCCUAAGUUUGACGGUCAUACAGCUCUCAAAGACGCUUUCAUCAAGAAAAUGCAGGACGACAGGGUCCCCGGAAUCGUACUACCAGAUGUAGCACCACCACCUGAAGUUCCUGAACUUGUAGCUCCAACGCCACCUCCACCGCCUAACAUCGACAAAAAAUGCUGGGGCGUCGGGACUGGAAAGUUUUUGAGUCGCGAAAUGCUCGCUACUCUUAUCGAGACGGAAUUCUGUCCCACAGCGGUGAAGCAAGGCGUUUUGGACGUUGGCGCUGGCUCGCUAAGCCGUCGGUACAACGAGGGCUCGAUGGAGGAUGUCACUAUCGCGAUCGAAUGGGUCCCUGGCCUGCCGUUUCAGCCAAAUAUGAAAGAUUGCGUAGAUCGCCUGCUCGGCGACCUCACCGACGGUUGCGAUGGCAACGACCCGAACAACAUCGAUAACUCUAAAGCCGGUGGUUUGGUAAAGGUCGGGGAGGUUACAUAUCGGAUCGAUCCGCAAACCUCACGUCAGUCAGCAACACUUACUAGAUGGGCGGGCUGUGACUCUGUAUAUAAAGCGCUCUUUAAUGAUAAUAACGUCUGGGGUCGCGGCUUUGCUAAUGCGGAUUUUGGGGCUGAUUUGAAGCAGACAGUAGCGGAUAGAUGUGCUCUUUUCCCAGAUACCUGGUCCUUUUCGUAUGGCUUAGGUCCCGAUGGUCGGGAAUGGGAGGCCAAGUUCCGAACAGGUAUUUGGCAGAACAAGUGUUUAGGACACUUGGUUUCGGAUGUUAGUGGUACGGGUGUUGAUUGUCAGGGUAGAGGAUAA